AUGCAUCCCUGGUUAGUAAUAGGUGAUCUGAAUUUCCAUCUUCAUGAUAUAUCUGAGGCUUCUAAUUUUUCCACUGAAGACAUGUAUGUUCAAGAUAAAAGGAAUAUCUGUGGUCUUAUGGACAUUGGCUACACAGCUAUCACUAAUAAAGUAAAUGACUGGUUUAAUAUUAAAGAGGAUUUCUACAAGCAACAAUCAGGUGAUACUUUCAUUACUGAAAUGGAUCAUAACACCAAAUAUUUCCACACCUUAGCUAACAGAAGAAUGUUUAUGAAAAAUAUUGAUUGUCUAUGUGAUACUAAUGGUGUUUGGUUUAAUGAUAGUGAAGAUAUUGCUAAUUUGAUUGUUGCUCAUUUUGAACAGGUUAGUAGGACUACUAAUCCAAUUUUCACUGAUAUCACUUUUGAUAUAAUUCCUACUAUUAUCACUACUCAAGAUAAUUCUUUUCUGACAAGAGUUCCAAAUAGUUAUGAAAUCCAUCAAACUAUCAAGCAAAUGAAUGCUUGGAGUUCUCCUGGCCUUGAUGGGUUUCAAGCUGGUUUUUACCAAUCCAAUUGGGAUGUAGUUGGUAAGGAUAUUAUUGAUGCUAUUCAAUGUUUUUUUGAAUUUGGUAAUAUGCCAAAAGAGUUUAAUAAAACUUAUCUUAGUUUGAUACCUAAAACUGAUAAUGCUAUGUGUCAUGUUGACUUUAGACCAAUUGGUUUGUGCAACACAGUUUAUAAGAUUAUUUCUAAGAUCAUUGCAGAUAGAAUUAAACCCCAUUUGAAGCAUCUUAUAUCUCCCUAUCAAACAUCUUUUGUUCCUGGAGGAGAUAUUCAUGACAACAUUAUUGUUGCACAUGAGAUGAUACAUACAAUGAAACAUAAAGAGGGUUAUAGUGGUACUAUGGCUUUAAAACUUGAUCUUUCUAAAGCUUUUGAUAGAAUUGAAUGGUCUUUUCUUUUAAGGUUUCUUAGACAGUUUGGUUUUGAUGAAAACUUUUGUGGAGUGAAAGCAGCAAAGAAUGCUCCAGGUAUUACCCAUCUUAUAUUUGCUGAUGAUAUCCUUAUUUUCACUAAGGCUGACAUGCAUAAUAUACAUGGUAUCAUGGAUGUUCUUGAAUAUUUUGGUAGUGUUUCUGGUCAGAUGCUUAAUCUAGACAAAUCCAGUGUCUAUUUUAGUCAUAAUAUUAAUCCUAGUACCAGAGAAAUUUUGGCUAGGGAGCUUAAGAUGACUGAAAUGACAGAUACAGAUAAAUAUCUUGAUGUGACUUUGUUAAUAGGAAGGAAUAAGACCAAAGCUUUUAGGCUAAUUGUUCAAUCUUUUGGCACUAGACUGAAAACUUGGAAAGGUAAGACUAUGAACCAUUCUGCUAGAACAACAAUGGUUAAGCAUGUACUAAAUGCCUUGCCAACCUAUCAAAUGGGUUGUUUUAGAAUCCCUAAAACUAUGAUUGAUCAAAUGGACUCUAUCCAAAAACAUUUCUGGUGGGGUCAUAGUGAUAAUAGAGGUCUUUGUCUGAUAGGAUGGAACAAACUUAAUGUUCCUAAACCUUUGGGUGGUCUUGGUUUUAGAAACCUUGAACAAUUCAAUAAUGCUUUGUUAACUAAAUUAGCUUGGAAGUCAUGUACUGAUGAUGAUUCAUUAUGUAUGCAUAUUGUUAGAGCCAACAAUGGAAAAAAUGGAAGAGAUUGGAAUAUCCAGCUAGUUAGUUCUAUUUUUGAUGAAGAAACUUAUAAUGCUAUUCUCAAUAGAAGAGGUAAGUUUUCUGUGAAAAGUGCUUAUAAUUCCCUCUGUGCUAGUCAUGUUAACAAUGCUAUAAUUGGUGAUCACACUCCUAAAGUAGUUUGGAAAAAACUCUUGCAUACAAAAGUUCCUCAUAGAGUUCAACUUUUUAUUUGGAAAUGUUUAAGAGAUAUAGUGCAUGUAAGAAGUAAAUUAGUUGUUUACAAAUAUGAAAUAGAUUCUCAUUGUAGUCUAUGCAAUCAUGGUACUGAAACUAUUAAUCAUCUGCUAGUUGAAUGUACUUAUGCUAGAUCAUUAUGGAAUGCUCUUAAUGUGGAUAUUUCAGUCAUUACUCAAAAUUUUACUUCACUGCAAGACUGGGUAAUAUCAUGGUAUUAUACUGAUGAAACUGAAGUUAAUAACUUUGCUUAUACGACUGAUUCCUAUGUUGUCAGACUAAUGUGUACAGUCUGGUACAUAUGGAAAGACAGAUGCAGAUGGAUUUUCCAGGGCAUUAAACCUAAUAUUCACAGUAUUAUUAUAAGAAUUCAUAUUCUGAUAAAACAAUGUGAUCUUGCUAAUGCUUCUUCUAGUGUUAAUAGAAACAGGUAUAUUCUUCCUAAGGGGCGUGCAUUAGCAAUAAAAGGUUACAAUUUGGAGGAGGAGAUGGAAGCUGAAGUGAGCGGAACAUUUUGA